GAGUGUGAUUCAAGAGAUGGUGCAGCGGGUAACUGCAGAGUUGUCCAAGCAGCUUCUACCCUGUCCAUCAAUAUCAGCUCAACACCAGGUGAAGUGAUUGUGGAGGAGGCUAUUGCCGCAGCACGAGCAGCUCACACCGGCCAACCUGCGAUGCAAGGUACAGGUCCUGCUGCUAUGCCAGAUUCAGAGAUUCAGAUUAAUGGCUCCUCCUACAGUGGAUCAGCUGCCAGCAGAGAUUCCAGCCCAUCUGCAGCCUCAGAACUUGCAACUGUUGUAACUAAGCUAUUGCAGUCUAGCUUACAGCCAUCUUCUAUGCCAAUUUAUAAGAGAGCUUGGAACCUUUUUUCUCAGUUCAUUUAUGCUACCAACAUUGCCUUUUCAGCAACCCUUCCUAUUUCACCUCCCACAUUACCUUUGUUCAUAGCAUAUCUUUUUGACAAGAAUUAUGCUCCCGCAACAGUGAAUACCUAUGUUUCAGCCUUAGGCUAUUUUCAUAGGCUCUCAGAUUUGCCAGACCCUUCUAAAGCCUUUUUCAUUUUGCAAAUGCUUAAGGGUUACGGAAAAAUAGGUUUCCGUUUAGAUUCUGGCCUUCCAAUAACCUUUCCAAUUCUUCAUAGACUCGUAGAGGCUGCAAAUAAUUUCUCCUUGAGUAGUUUUCUUAUUGCGCGGUUCCAAGCUAUGUGUCUUUUAGCUUUUCAUGCCUUCUUACGAGUUGGUGAGAUAACCACCUCCUCGGGUAACAAAGGUAAUCCUCCUCUUGCUAUCCAUCAAAUUACCAAAAUGUUCAAUGAACAAAAGGAAAUUGUAGCUCUUAAGCUUACCUUUGGUAAUUUUAAGCAGUUACAAUCAGCACCCAUUUUUAAUCGAAGUCUCGCGUAGGAAUGAUGUUUGUCAGGUACAACAUAUUAUGAAGUAUUUAUCUCUCCGGGGUAGUGGGCCAGGACCUAUUUUUAUUUCUGAGGAUGCUUCUCCUGUACCUAGAUCAGAAUUUACGGACAGGCUUUCAGUUGCCAUUAAAUCAUGUGGGUUGGACCCCUCCAGAUACAAGGGCCAUAGUUUCAGAAUAGGGCUGCUUCUAAUGCUGCAGAUGCUGGCACGUCCGAUGCGCAGAUUAGGGCCUUAGGCCGCUGGAAAUCCAAUGAAUUUCUUAAAUAUAUUCGCAUCCAAACAGUGUCCUCAACUGUUUAGAACCAGAAGGCAACUUGCGGGGGGAGUUGUCCUUCACUCUUGGCCCUGAACUGAUUCUUUGUCUAGCAAGGGCAGCGGAGAUUUCAUUUCAGGGUCAAGAGUACAUUAACAUUUUCAACUUGGUAUCUGGCUAGCAAAGGCGGCAGGUUUAAUGCUGUAUACUUUUUACGCAACUUGCAAGGGCAGUUGCCAUUCAUUCUUGUCUCUGAAGUGGGGCCUUGUCUAGCAAGGGCAGCGGGGUUCUCUAUUUCAGAGCCAAUGAUUUGUCAAUAACAGUUGGAUAGUUUAAUAGUUAUCAAUAAGGUUGUUUUUCCUAAGUAUGUGUUGUUUUUCUUUGGGUGGGGCUAGCAUCAUGUUUGUGAUGCUUUUGGUGUUUUGGUUGCCCUCACCUUUACUGGGCUAAGAUAAUUGAAAAAUAUUGUAAAUAUAAAGUGAAAAAAUAAUUAUAUUAAAUACGGCUUUGGGCGUGGCCCAUAGCCAAUUAAGUCCA